AUGUUCGCUGGGCUCAACCGACCACACGGCCUCUCCUGUGUCUUCAGCCAGGCGAGCGCGUCGGGGGAAGAGGGGCGAGUGGGGAUGGGGUGUUUUGCGCCCGCCUGGUCCGACCCACCACUUCCCAACCAAGACGGACCGGACGAAAACGCUCUCUUUUCUUCGAAUUUCGACUCGGAUCGAACUGAAUAUGGAUGUGGUGGGCAGGGUUGAUGGUGGGGUUGGAUAGGAUAUGAUAAGGUUGAGGUGCAGGGUAGGGUCUUGGCAAGGGAUGUUUUUGACUAGGUAUACGGUAGGUUGAUAUGAACUAAGUUAUGGUGAUUUUAAGGCGGUUUCUGGGCUUGAACAAAAGGAUUGCUUAAAGAACGUUUGGAGCCCCCCCCCCUAUAAGGAAAACCGUAGCGACGCCCUUCAGUACAGUGCUGGGGUAUAUAAAUUGAUUUUUUUUGGAGGGAAAAGGCUCAACUACCCAAUCCUUCUGUACUUUACCCUACGCUGCCCUAUCUUGCUCUAGGGGUGAAAAACGGGUCGUAUAGGUUUGGCUUGGCUUUGAGCUAAAGUUGAAACGGGUUGGGGUUUGAAAAGUAGGUCUUGAUUUUUUUACUUUUUUGGAUACCACAGUCAAUAAAUGACCUAAAACAAUGCAAAGCCAAAUGUCCUCUUCUUUAAAUUUUUUUAAAAGUUUUGUAAUGCGGCCGGGCUUGAAAAGUAGGAUCGGGUCUAAAUUUUUUUCUUAUUUUUUAAAUUUUUUAAAAAAUUUUUAUUAAUGAUUUUUUGACAAUUUUGAAUACCACAGUCAAUAAAUGGCUUAAAAAGACAUGGCAAGGUCUAAGUUUUUUUAUUAUUUAAUUUUCAAAAAUUUUCAAAUUUUUUAAGACGGACCAAGCCGGGCUUGCAAUUUUUUUUCGAACGGGUCGGCCCGGCUUGUGAAAUAAGCACGGUCCGGAUUAUUUUUCACCUCUACCGUGCCUUACCCUACCCUACCCUGACUUAUUUUACCCUACCCGACCCUAAGUUAUUUUACGCGGCAUUGUUAUAUUAUUUUGAUAUUCUUCACGUUACAAACCACUAAUCCUUAACUUUUUUUCUUUCAGUAAUGUCAGGUUGUGAGAUGUCAGAAGCAGGACGGCAGAAAUUCCUGGCCAAGGCGAACGCCGUUUACUCGCGAAAACCGAACAACACAUGUGUCAUAAACAAAUACGAAUACGUCCGGCGUGUGCAACGGCUUCUGGCCAUAGCCAAUGGUGAGCCCAAGGUGCAGCAGGAUCAACGACUUCUGAAGAAUUGCUGUUUGGUCACUGAUCCGAAUGAUCCCGGCAACCCCAAGUUGUGCAAAGCAAACACUACGUUGGCUUAUGUUGCUAUGGAGGACAUGUACGACAUUCUGCAUAGGUAAGGCUUGAAAACGAUGAACUUAAGACUAUAGUGAAGGUAGUACAAAGCUUUCUUACAAAGACUAUACAGGUCCAGAGGCUUAGGCUUAGGAUUGGUUGGCUUAGGCUUAGUAAGCUUAGACUUAGUAGGCUUAGGCUUAGUAGGCUUAGGUUUAGUAGGCUUAGGCUUAGUAGGCUUAGGCUUAGUAGGCUUAGGCUUAGUAGGCUUAGGCUUAUUAGUCUUAGGCUUAGUAGGCUUAGGCUUAGUAGGUUUAGGCUCAGUUGGCUUAGGCUUAGUAGGCUUAGGCUUAGUAGGCUUAGGCUCAGUGAGCUUAGGAUUACUAUACACAGGCUUAGCACGCUUAGGCUUAGUAAGAUAUGGUUUAAAGGGCAAGUACUCAACGAGACUUAAGUUUACGGAGCCUUCAUCAUACUAAGCGGAAGCUUUUUAAACCCAAACCGACUAGGCCUAAUUUUUUUUCUUAUUUGUCUUUAAACUAAAAUUUUUUCAGUGUCCAUCUUCAACUAAAUCACGCCGGUCGCAAUUGCAUGCAGCGCUUCGUUCGUACACGCUACUGUAAUGUCUCCAAAGAUUGUAUCAUGAUGUUUCUGACAACUUGUGAUAACUGCCCGAGGCAACGCAGAAUGAAUGGAGUUACGAAGAAGCAAUUGAUGACACUACAAGGAUUUUUGUCUGGAGAUGAGGACGACGACAUGGAUGAUAUGGAGGAUGAUAAGGAGAUUUCUAUGGCGUCGACUAGUGCUGGAGCUAAUGCUAGUGUUGUUUCGACUACUCCGUUGAACAUGAACUUUCCCAAAAAGGAUUCGGAUUCUUUUGCUAGGGGGCAGGUAUGCUUUUUAAAUUUACAUUACUUUAGAUUACCUUACUUCACUUUACUUUACUCUAUAAUACACUUGCCUUGCCUGCUAUUGCGUUUGCCUGUGCCUUGCCUGUGCCUUGCCUGUGCUUUGCCUGUGCCUUUCCUGUGCCUUUCCUGUGCCUUGCUUGUGCUUUGCCUGUGCCUUGCCUGUGCCUAGCCUGUGCCUUGCCUGUGCCUUGCCUAUGCCUUACCUUGCCCAGCUGUGCUUAGCCUAGCUUUGCUCUGCUGUGCCGUGACCUGCUUAUCUUGUUCUACCCUACUUUGCCUUGGCUUGCUUUGCUCUGCCCUGCCCAGCCCUACUCUGCCUUUCCCUAUUUCUCACUACUCUGCCGGGGCCUACCCUGCCGUGUCCUGCCCUAUCCUACUUUACCCUAUUAUACCUUGCCUUGUGCUGGCUUUCCUGUCUUCUCCCUACUUUGCUAUGCCUUGGCGUGUCUUUGAUUUGCUUUGCCUUGCUUUAUUUACCCUACCUAAUCCUACUCCACUCUACCCUACCCUAACAAAGACUAAGCAUUUUCUUUCCAGUUCGAAGUGUUCAACAUGAACGACCAACCGGACGGUGUUUACCACGCCUUCCUCCGUUAUGUCAACCUUCAAACGCGAGAAGUCCGUCUACGCCCAUUAAUAAUGGAUACCGUGGACAAGAUCGCAGACUCAUUGAUUGAUAUCUUCUGUGAUCAAGGCGCACCAGUAGUACUACAAUCUCGAAAUGGCAGACAAACCGUGAAGAACGUAGUCAAGGAGAUCAACAAGAUCCUACCACAAUGUCGCCUACUAGACGGUAGUGUUCAAAAUGCGGCCGAACCGGCCGAAAUUAUAUCUAGCCAGUUGAACGAGUUAAUGCGACGACAUGGCCACAACAACUGGGCCAAGAUGUUGAGGAUAUUGCAGUUCGAGCUGAAUUCAACCAAGAAUGCGAGCGGAUUCUCGCCCUUUGAAGUCAUGUACGGUAGACAACCAUCUAUGGGACUGAAGUCAUCAAAGUUGCUGGAUGCCAUUUAUGAAAAGACCCAGUCGGAAGAAGAGAUUAUGGAGUAUCUACAGGACGCGGAACUGGUCAGAAUGUCAGUGUUUUGUCAACAAGCUCCGACACUGAAUGAACGAAAGACGGUACCUACAAGCAGUGUGAGAUCGGUUUAUGAUGAACAGAUCGUUUUCAAUAACCAUUACUCUCCGAUCAACUCACAAAGCAACAUCCAAAGCAGUCCAGUCAUCAAUCAGUUCGAUAUUGUGGUAGGUUUUUUAAUCCUUUUUAGUCGAUGUUUGUAGUAGGGUUCGUAGGGCAAGGUAGUGUAGUUUAUGGUAGGGUACUGUAGGAUAAGGUACGGAGAAGCAGAGUAAGGCAGAGCACGGUACGGCAUGUCUCAGGUAGGGUAUUUUAUGGUAGUGUAGAGCAGAGCAAACUAGGGUAAGGAAGUGCAAGGCAAGGAAGGUCAGGGCAAAGCAGGGCAUGGUAUGAUUUGGUAUAGUAGGUUUCAGUCGGGUAGCGUAAGGUCUUGUAAGGUAGGAGAAUGUAGAUUACGGUAUGGUAGGAUAGGAUAGCGUAUGGUAGGGUAUUGUAGGGUAUGGUAUUGUAGGGUAGGGUACGGUAGGGUAGGGUAGGAUAGGGUAAGAUAUAGUACGGUAGAGUAAGGCAAGGUACGGUAGGGAAAGAUACGCCAAGUAGUGUAAAAUACGGUAUUUUUAAACAUUUUUCUUACUGUAAAAAUUUCAGUCGAUUGCCCAAAAUUCCACUCCAACCAGCUCAGCCCACUACACUCACCCCCACACUCCAAUAACCUCUCAUCAAGCAACGCCGCAACCUCAGCAACCUCAGCAACAACAUCUACAGCAGUCUCAACAACCCCAAAACAAUCCACCACCACAACCCACUCAUGAACAACAUUAUCAACACGCUCAAACUCAGAAUGGUACACAGCAAAUGCACCAAACUCAACCUGGAACUCAACAGUUCGCCGAGCACCAAACUCAAAAUGGUACUUCACAGUUUGCCGAGCAUCAGAAUCAGAACAUUAUGUACAAUGAUCCACCCCCAAACGACAUAAUUAUCAAACCAGAGGGCAUGAGCACUCAACAACAACAUGAUAUUAUUGUUCAACAACAGAUGAAUUGCUGA